CCGCACCUUAAGCAUAAGCAAAUCAAGCUUUGCCGUCAGGCGGUCGGUCCUUUUCUCUCUCCAGGCAAUCGCAGCCGCGGCUAGCCGCCAGAUCUGUGGCUAAACUGGUCCCUCAAGUCGCGUUCCAUACGUGCCUGACCGCCUUCGAUGUUUGUGAUGCCCCUCCGAAAGUAAACAACCAUCACUGCACCCCGCUUGUGAUGGAUGCUCCUGAAAUUGAGCAGGAUGUUCAACUGGAGAAAUCCGCCCCGAACCUUCUGGCAGAUCUUGGACAGUCUUUACAGCUAUUCUUGAGGAGGAAUGGGCAGGUCCGUCGCAAUGUUCGAAGCUCAGAUACGGACAGGUUGGUCAAUCUGCUUGAGCCCUUCCAAGAGCUGCCACAGCUUCUUGAUCCCUAUCUCAAUAAACUCGUACCGAUCCUUGCAGACGCCUUCCUCCAAUACCUCCGAGCCCCUCCUUCAAAACAGCCAACCACCCACCUCCUGAUGCCAUUAUCCAAGGCAAUAUGUAAGCUGCUGUAUACAUUCUGUAAGAUCCGGGGCGAGAAGGUCAUUGUGCAGUUCCUGGGUACUGAGACAAGGGAUCUCGAGUUGCUCCUGUGUGCGAUUGAGAUGGGCGUAUCAUGGGGUUGGGAGGAGAGAUACAUCACCCUGCUCUGGUUGUCCCAGUUGCUUCUCGCCCCGUUUGAUCUUGCCAGCAUAUCUUCGCAAGGAACUGAAGAUAUUGUUGAGUUGAACAUUCCGGGUUUCUCAUGUCCAGCAAAUAUUCCUGCGGUAACAUUACGAGUCAUUUCCCUUGCUGUUCGCUAUCUCUCCUCAUCUGGGAAAGAGAGAGAUGCUGCCAAAGUCCUCCUGGUCCGUGUAGCCAUGCGGCCGGAUAUGCAACAAGUGGGUGUCCUCCAGGCUUUGGUCAGAUGGUCAAUAUCCUGUCUGCAUCCCUCUGCUGGUUUGCAUAGCUCGCCUUACUUCUACAUUGGCAUUCUCUCGUUUCUUGCUGGCAUGCUUGUGUCGUCUGCUGGAACUCCCGACAUGGUCGAGUACUUGCAGGAGAUUUCUGAUGUGACUCGGGAUCAAGACGGCAUGCCAACAGCCAUCCUGGACACCAUUCGAAAGUCUGCUGUGUCGCGAAAGAUCGUCAUCAAGCUAUUUCGAGCCAUUGCUUUACUUGAUCUUGCCAAUUUGGCGGAUUUAGACAGAGUUCAGACAAUCAUCGGCGAUCUUCUAGACUUCCUAGAAGACGAGGCGACUCCUGUCAGACUUGCUGCAAGCAAAGCUCUGAGCAUCAUCACUUUGAAGCUUAAUCCUGAUAUGGCAUCACAAGUUGUUGAUGUCGUUCUUGAUACAUUCACAAGCUCGUACAGGAUGGUGGGAAGACCCGGAAAGCAGAGCCCAGAUCUCUCUAAUGUGAAACCCUUCCAAUGGCACGGUCUAGUAUUGACCUUUUCGCACCUGUUGUAUCGCCGUUCAAUACCGCCUGCGAGUUUGACUCCUGUUUUGCGCGCCCUUCGUCUCGCCCUGGCUUUUGAAAAACGUUCUGCAACUUCCGCAGCUUCAACCGGGACGAAUGUUCGAGAUGCUGCCAAUUUUGGUAUCUGGGCGCUGGCCCGAAGGUAUACUUCGGCGGAAUUGCAAGCGAUUGAACUGGACGGUGUGCCUGCGUUGCAGACUCUGGCUUCUGACCUAGUAGUCGCAGCUUCGUUGGAUCCUGCAGGAAAUGUUCGACGAGGGUCAUCUGCAGCGCUGCAAGAGCUGAUAGGACGCAAUCCAGAUACAGUUGCCGAAGGUAUUCAGCUUGUGCAAAUCGUUGACUAUCAUGCCAUUGCCCUUCGAUCAAGAGCAGUUGAAGAGGUUGCCAUUGGAGCAGCAGCACUGUCUGAAGAAUACCACUACGCCCUACUUAAUGCUCUGUUGGGUUGGCGUGGAGUGAAGGACUCUGAUGCGACUGCGAGACGAACUGCAGCUUCCGCUGUUGGGAUACUUGUCCGGGAAAAGAGGCUGAGGAGCGGCGAACCAUGGACUGAGUUUCGAAAUACCCUGGGACGUGUUGCUGAACGCAUAAAGGCACUUGUGCUCCGUGAAGGCGAUGAACGGCAUGGCUUGGUGCUGUGUCUUGCGUCCAUUAUCGAAUCAUUCUCCCAGGAAUGCCUGAAUAUCUCGAGUUUGUCAGAUGAGCUGGAAGCGACCAUUUCAGCAGUACUUUCCCACGUCUACGAGGUUCUGAAAUACGUGAUUGGGAGCUGGGAGACCUUCCGAAACCAAUCUUUGAUAGCUGAAGCGAUGUGCAAACUAUGGAUGGCAUCAAGUACAUUGCUUUCGCUUAGUCAAAGCCGGCGCCAGGAAUUGAUAUCGCUGCAAAUGGCCAUUCAGGAGAAUCUCAUGAGUAUCGAGGAUCCCGCAUCAAUUGGUGCCAUCUCCGAUGCGGCUGUUGACUUGGCCACCAUAUUGCCAAAGGAGCACAAACUUAUGCUCGUCGAGAGUUACAUUCAAAAAUCGAAGACGUUCUCCAAAUCACGACACGCAUUGAGCAAUGGCGCUUAUCUGCAAACGUUGUUCAAAGUCUUCUCGGUCGUUCCAUCACAGCACGCUGCAAUAAUUGAUACCAUACAGCACAUCUGGAGCCAAGAUCAAGACCCUGACUCUCGGGCUAUGAUGCUUCGUUGUUUGGGAAAAAGUAUUCUUAUGCAAACAAAUUUUGACGAUGUGGUAGGUUUGGUGGAACAGGGCUUGGACGAUUUCACCACGACUGCUCAAGGAGAUGUAGGGUCCAAAGUCCGGAUUGAGGCUGCAAAAGUGGUUGCUGAGAUUUGGAGUAACAGCCAAGCAAAGAAAGAGGAUAGCAGAAAACGAUUAUAUGGCAGAGUGAUGAGGCUGGCGUCAGAGAAGCUUGAUAAAGUACGGCGUGAAGGUCAGAGAUGUCUCCUUCUCGAGUUAGGACAUGUUUCAUCGCUGGAAACCUCAUCGGAGUCAUACUUUCUCGCGCUUCUCAACAUCCAACUUCUGCCAUGGUGGACCACAUCUCCAUACGCGUCAACAUGGUCCGACACAUUCAUGUCAGGCUACAUUACCUCGGCCGAUACUGGUGCUUCAGCUCUUGUACAAUCAAGUCGUGUUGCGCUUAUCGAAUUCUGCGAAGCCUCCUCAACUAAUGUAGAUCUCAUCUCGAACACUCUACUCGCUCUGCUUACACCUACGAGUCCUCCAAACGAUCGGAUCCUCGUCUCAGCCCUCGAAACUGUAUCCUUCCUACUUGACAUGGAUAUCUUACAGCGGUCAUCUAUCAAUUGGAAGACGCUUUACUACCGUGUCCAGAAAGCACAUUAUCAGAGUGCUAACCUGCGGAAGAUAGAGGCGUGUGUCAAGAUUUAUGGGGGUAUAUUGGAUCGAGUGAGUGAGGCAAAGGGGAAGUUGAUUGGGAUGUUGGCGCAUAAGUAUCCGGGGGUGAGAAAUGCUGUUGUAGAUGAGCUCUGGGUUAGCACAGGUGGGGAGGUGCUGAAGGGUACAGAUUGGACGAAGGCGAAGAAGGAGGACGUAGUCAGAGUGAGGGGGGUAAUGGAGAGUGUUUGAAUGAGAAUUUCUUAGGUUGAUACACAUAAUUUGUGAGACCUUAUCUCGGCUUUGUGCUCGUUUUAGCUCACCUAAAUGAAGCGAUAGGUACUAGAUGUAACUACAUAAAUAAGCCUUCGAUAGCCUCAGUGAAUGGCACCCUUUUUGGCGGGUGUCUUUCUAAUAACACGGGCAGCCAGACGAUCAAAUUUUGACUUCAUCGCACCAUCGAUAUUUACAACCCAUGCGGGACAGCCAGCCAGCCAUAUGAAAAUCAGGGGGACAAUACUCUGUGACUCGGUCAGAUGAGAUGAACAUUUCACUACAAUACGUACCUGUUGUACAACCAACCAGCAAUCGACCCAUUCUGCAGUCUAAGGAUACGAAACGACAGCAGUGGACAACAAGAACAAAUAUCAACAGCCCAAUAUGCCUGCGACAUGACAAGGUUCAUGUCCUGACUAAAACAAGGCUGCAUCGUCCAGCAGACAAAGUAAAUCGCCACAAGACGUCAUCGAAACUCAAAAUUAUCCCAGUGGGAAAAAGCAAAAGCAACAGUGGAUAGCGAGAAUACAAACACAUCUAUAUCCUCACUUUAUUAGUUAUAAGGGCCAAAACGUCACCAUCAAAGCAAGGUAAACAGAUUUCUAGAAAUUAGGAUGCAGUUGAACAAAAGUGGCAUUUCUAUAAGCGGAAGGUCCAGAGCCUCCAGUGGGCCUCUAAGUGUUGACAUGUAGUAUUCCUAAACCAAAAGUACGUCUGAACUUAUCUGGACCAAAGUAAACUAAACGCUAUGCUCACCCCGUGAGGUCUUGGAGUGCCAGGUACUAUCCUAUCCUACGUCUUUGAAAACGAGGAGAGUCGCAAUGCAUACUCCCAAUGCAAAGUGUAAACGUACAUAAGAUAGACUAGAUACUCUCUCAUAUCCUCCGCUGCAUGGAAUAGCUUGGUCGGUUGGGAAGGGAUUUGGUAACAACGUUUUCGUUCCUGUCCAGGCUUCUAAUCUUUAUGUGCGAGAGAGGAGGAACAGGACGUAGUGUAGUAGAGGAGCCAAGAUUAUGUAUCGCAUCAAUUCGAUUUGAUUAUGACUGGUGCCCCAUCUUCGCAUCCAGCCCAUUCAGGACGCCCUGUGUCUCUCUAACCAGAGCUCGUCUCUUUUCCCUAGCCUCAUCGUUUCCUUCCGUCUCAACAGCAUCCAGCUUCAACAGUACCUCAUUCAUGAUAGUUUCGCUCAACUUCUUAUGCUCGAAAUCCUUCUUCUUCGGCUCUUCGGGCGGGUGGAGCGUGAACUGUACGCACAGCGGUAGGAUCUUGGUAUGGAAAUGACUGGAGAUGGCCUCCAGCUUCUCGAUCGCCGUCUUUGGGAGAGCGGGGGACGCAGUUCGUGAGGUCGCUGUGCUGGGAUCGCCAGAGUUGGGGGAGAGAUUGGCAUCGCUCUUCUUCUUUCCGCCCUUCUUCUUCGACUUAUUGCGGUUGCGCUUCUUCUUAGAGAAGAGGCCGCCUCCCUCCUGAGCGCUGGCGCUGUCCUCGUCGCCGGAAUUGUCGCUCCCUUCUGGUGCUUCGCCAAUCACGCAUAAUACCUCGCUGUUGUUCUUGAGGCUGUAGUCUCUGCACGGCUUGUAGUCGUCUUUGAGUUGUUGGCCUUUAUAUAGCAGUUUGAUGUUCCUGCCAUUUGGGAGGUCCAUUACUGCUGCUGCGCGCUCCUUGACAUCCCGCACCUGUAGCUUGCCAUCGCCGAUGCUGUAGGCGGGAAACUUGACUGGGUAUGUGACACCUUUGUUCUUGAUUAGGAGGACGUCGUCUUCGGCUUGCAUAGAUGGUGGCGCGCGGCCUUGGGGAUCGUAUGCCCUGCCUGGCUGGGCCAGGUCCUGGGAUGUGAUGUAGGAGAAGUCUUCGUCGGUGACAUUGGGAGGGUAGGCUCUGCUUCCAAAGGGCGAGAACCGGGCAUUCGAACCACCGAAGAAGGAACGACCCCAGCCGCUCAUUGAGACGGCGAAGAGGGUGGAAGUGGUGAGGAGGAGGAGGACGCUGGCAAGUUGGGCGGACGGAGGGACGGUGUCGAGAUGUGUGUACUUGGCAACUGUUGAUAUGGUCUUCUGGGUGCUUGGAGGCAGGGAAUCGUAAGCUGAUUGCAGAUGUGUGAGAGAGGUGCUUAGGUAACUCUGAAGAGAGUCGGGGAGGUGGUCGAUGAUGGAAUUUAGGGUGAGAGUGGCACCGGAUGCCACUGCUUGGUGAGCCACCUUGUUGAUACGAUGCCUUGCUGGAAGGACUUAGUUGACGUCUUAAGGCUGUUGCAAGGCGGUGCGGUGAUGCUGCAGGUAAGGUAGGGUAGGGUACGGUAAGUUGCUUGUUUUGAGUCAGGUGAGAAACUCUGUAGAUCGACGGGACAAUUGGAUCGACGGGUGGUGGUGGUGGUGGAUGUGAAGCUCGACCUUGACCUUGACUCGAGGACAGGGAAGGGGAGGUGAGAAAUGGAGUGCUGUUAGUGUAGGUCUGCGUCUGCAGUGGAGUGGAGUAUCUGCUAUUGCAGGCAAGCGAAAAAAUUCGGGAGGUUGUUUUUUACCGGAGAUCGGAUCGGGGUCCAGGUAAGGCUAUAGAUAGCAGUAGAAAGAUCACAG